AUGGGACCUUUUAAGGCAGCGUGUUUACGGGCUAAUAUAUUCUCAUGUCGUCUAAUCCCAAAUGUUCUGUGUUUUCCAGCGCUGAAGCGGUCGUUUGAGGUGGAGGAGACAGAGUCCUCCACAAACCCUUCGACCCUGACUCGUCGGAACACCAAUCCUCUCCGCUCGUCCGCCUCCUCCACAUCUAGCCAGCGGAGCUACGACCAGAGCUUCCGUAGCACUGAAUACUCCUCUCCCCGAUCCUCCCCCUCUGAGACCACCAAUCCACGUUCUCCAAAGACCGGCAUGAGGCGCAUGGAGCUAUCAGGGGGUCGUAACCCUGACACAGCCUCAUCCCGCCGUACAGAAAUGUCCAUUGAGGUCUCCUCUAAGCAGAUUGACAACUCGCCCAGUGCCGGCAUCGCCCGCUUUGGCCUCAAGCGGCCUGAGGUCAGUCUCAGCAAUCGGAGUACACUCCUGGACAGCUCCUCCAACUCCACCUCCACAAACAGGCGGGCUGAGAUCAGCAUGACACGGCAGCACGAGCCCCCCGCCCCUCCGAAGAGGACAGACUCCCAGAUGAGCUCAACCCCAAUCUCGAGGAUCCCCGAGCCCCCUCAGAGAACAGUGGAGCUCCAGUCCCCAAUCACCAGCCCAGUGGAGGCAGCCUCCAGGAAGCCAGCGAUGCCCAUCUUCAGACAGUCAGACGGUUUGGUGCCCAGCAGUGCCGUGGAGAACAACAACAACAACCACCCGCCUCCUGCUCCUAGUGCCCCCCUGCCCUCACUGGCAGAGCCCCGGGUGGAGAAGGUGGAGAGGGUGGAGAGGGUGGAGAGGGUGCAGAGGGUGCAGUCUCCAGUCCCAGAGCCUCCAACGGCCCGACCAACAGAAAGACUCACGCCCUGCUGCAUCUGUGCCAUGCUGUCCUCACUGAGCCACACAGGGCCAUAUGUAAUGGUGCAUGGUGGUGACACAAAGGUAUUACCACCCACUCAGCCCAACACAGGCCAGCGGUUUGAAGACAUAAAGACAGGGAGACAUGGAGAGGGAAGCAGAGAGAUCCACUAUACAUACCACAAGCAAACUGGUGUUGACAGAGGAGCAGCUCUGGACAAGUGUGGAUGCGUUCCUAAUGGCUAUGUGUUUCAGCCAGGACAAGGGCUGAGGAUGGACGAGCUGCUGAGAGAGGGAAGAGGGAAGCACAGCCGUGGGGAUGAGGAGGAGGAAGAGUGGGAGGAGAGGGAUGACAGGGGGAAUCUGUGGGCCAGGGGCAGCGAGAUGAAAAGGAGGAGGAGAGGGAACAGAGGGGGGAGACCAGAGAUCAGUGUUAAGAAGGGGGAAAAGCAGGCAGCAGCCACCAGAGGUCUCUGCAGCUCAGACCUGCAGCAUCUGAGGCAGGAUGUGCAGGUCUAA